GCGCCGUGGCGGCCGCGUGACGUCGCCCAGACAUAUAAGCGGCCGCCGCGGGCGCGCGCCGGCAGUCGCCAGCCGAGGAGCCGCAGCAGCCAUGGACUACUUGCUGAACAGGGUUCGCGGCCACCAGAGGGUGCCGUCGGGCUCCCAGGAGUUCAAGGAGAUGACCAAGAAGGACGCGCUAGUCCACUUCCAGAGCGAGCUGGAGAGGCUGCUGGAAACGGCUCCAGAGGCGCGGCGCUCCAGCUUCCGCAAGCAGUUCGAUGGCUUCGAGAAACUGUUCGAGCGUUUCCUCAGCGAGGACGGACCCUCCAUAGACUGGGAGAAGAUCCAGAAGCUGCCGCAGGACGCUGUACGGGACUACAGCACGCUGUCGCAGCCGUCUGCUGACGUGAUCCACGAGAUGCUGGGCAAGCUGGUGGUGGUGAAGCUGAACGGAGGCCUGGGCACCUCCAUGGGCUGCAGGGGGCCCAAGUCCGUCAUCGCCGUCCGAAACGACCUCACCUUCCUGGACCUCACCGUCCAGCAGAUAGAGCACCUCAACAAGAGGUACAAGGCGAACGUGCCGCUGGUGCUGAUGGACUCGUUCAACACGGACGAGGACACGCAGAAGGUGAUCCGCAAGUACCGGGGGCUGCAGGUCGAGAUCCACACGUUCAACCAGAGCUGCUACCCGCGCGUCAACCGCGAGUCGCUGCUGCCCAUCGCCAAGACGUGCGACGUGGACGCCGACAUCGACGCGUGGUACCCGCCCGGUCACGGAGACUUCUACGAAAGCUUCCAGAGUUCUGGUCUCCUGCGGAAAUUCAUCGACCAGGGGCGAGAGUAUUGCUUCAUUUCGAACAUCGACAACCUGGGAGCGACGGUGGACCUGAACAUCCUCAACCUGCUGCUGCACCCUACGGACAAGACGCCGGAGUUCGUGAUGGAGGUCACCGACAAGACGAAGGCGGACGUCAAGGGUGGGACGCUCAUCCACUACGAGGACAAGCUGCGCCUGCUUGAGAUCGCCCAGGUGCCCAAGGAGCACGUGGAGGACUUCAAGUCGGUCAAGACGUUCAAGUACUUCAACACCAACAACCUGUGGGUCAAGCUCGACGCCAUCGAACGUGUCCUGGACGAGCAGACGCUCAAGAUGGAAAUAAUCGUGAACAACAAGUCGCUGGACGGAGGGCUGAACGUUGUGCAGCUGGAGACGGCCGUGGGGGCCGCCAUGAAGUGCUUUGAUGGUGGUCUGGGCAUCAACGUCCCUCGGAGCCGGUUCCUGCCGGUGAAGAAGACGUCCGACCUGCUGCUGGUGAUGAGCAACCUGUACUCGCUGAGCAGCGGCUCGCUGGUGAUGAGCCUGCAGCGCAUGUUCCCCACCACGCCGCUGAUCAAGCUGGGCGACAAGCACUUCGGAAAGGUGAAAGAGUUCCUCUCAAGGUUCGCCACCAUACCGGACCUCAUCGAGUUGGACCACUUGACAGUGUCUGGCGACGUAACGUUCGGAAGAGGCGUAUCGCUCAAGGGCACUGUGAUAAUCAUCGCCAACCACGGGGACAGGAUCGACAUCCCAUCCGGCUCCGUACUGGAAAACAAGAUCAUUUCUGGAAAUAUGAGAAUACUGGACCAUUAAAGUGUCUCAUCUAGUCGAUGAAAGAAUUUUGGGUUUACGAAAUGUGUAACCAGGCGAGGAAUUUAAGCGGUGCUCUGUCCAGGACAAAUCAUCUGUCAUCCCGAAUUUGUCUGGGAAUUCCCAGAGUGAUUACCGGUGAAAAAAAUGGCGCGUUGUGGAAUAUGCAGGGUAUGUGGUCAAGAGUACCUGAUUAUACUGUUCUCCGUAUCUGACGAUAAAACUCUAGUACCAAGUGGAAAAGAAUUUAUGGUGCGAAUGUGAAACAUUCUGACAAGGCUGUGUCUGUUUCCAGACAACGUUUAUUGUAAAGUAUCGGGAUAAUGAAACAUGUAAACAAGUACAUAUAGAAUGUGCAAUUAUAAGUGGUAUUUAGAUGUUUAUAAUCCAACGAAAGCAGAAUAAAGAAAACAAUUAUUUUGUA